AUGUUCUUGCUGUCUGUAGCUCUCUUCGUUUUCCUGCUACAAAGCAACACGCAGCCAGCAUUCGGGUCGAGCACCGAUGGACCUACUGCUGCGUACGAUAUCCAAGCACCGCCUUCGCAGAAUGCUGAGAAUGGCAUUUUGUUUAAGGCAGCUUCCAGGGGCCUCGCCUCCGCCCCUUCACCAGGAGAGCCUUUCUAUGGGGGAAGAACGCAGAGUGGGGUGAAAUAUGGCGGAACUUUGGGUGCUGAACAUUCUCUAGGUUCGGUAGCCUGUGGUCUUCACUACUCGGCAUGUGUCAGAGGUAUGGCAGAGUCUGUGCCAAAGUUGGCCACAUCAACGGUUCGGAAAAGCAUCACACAUUCGGCGGAAGAAGACGGACCUAACAUCGAGGAAACUCUGAAGGAUGACGAAAGUGGCAUGAGAGGAGACUACUUUCUCAAAGAAAUAUCUGCGUAUCAGCCUUCAUCUCGAAGCAUGCCUGGCCAAGGUAUACAUCAGCGAACCCGCCUUUCUGCAGCACACUCAGCACCGGAGAAUGGAAAGAUGCAGGCCGACUUACUCUCCAUGCCUACGGCUCAGGAGCGCAGCUUUUUAAGAUCUCUGGAUAAUCCCGAAGGGGGACACCACAGGAAUCUCUUUAUUGAAAAGGCUCCGACGGUACUUCUUCUGUCUAACUUGUGGAACGAGCACAUCAUGCGUCCCACGGCGCUCGGAGGGACAGGCGUCAGAACAGAGGCAGAUCGGGAGGCUACCGCCUAUAUUUCCGACCUUGUUUCCACCUUUUGGAAAGAUUUGUAUGGCCUUUCACCAAGGACGACAUCUGAAUCCACAAGGUUUUCAUGA